AUGAAGAAACUUUGCGAUGUUUGUAAUAUUGAACUGGAUGAAAAUGACUUCCCAAAUCACUUGAAAGGGAAGAGGCAUGUAAAAAAUGUUAAAUCUGCAAAUUACCAGAAACGGUUUUUGGAGAGAUCCAUUUACGUUUCUCGGAUGCCACCUAAUUUAAGCGUUGACAAUGUUGCUAAUUUCUUCAAACAAUUUGGUGUCGUCGAGAGAUGCAAAGUUAAACCGCAUUUCGCCAUUGUGGAAUUCCAAAACAAAGAUGCGGUGAGCUGUGUACUGAGACAAAAUGUUUGGAUGGGGCCGUAUAAACUCCAAAUUGGACAAAGAAAAUGGAAUAAUCCAGGUCCAACCGACUCGAAGCCGGAUGGAAAAAAUCCAGAAAAAGUGGUGAGCGAGAUAGUAUUUGCUGAUCUGAAGACGAAACUCCAGGAGGAAACAACGUUGGAAGGUGAAAUUUCGACUUUCUUAGAAACUGUGCAACUGCGUGAGGAUGAAGUUGACAAAAAGUGGCAUGCGGUCCAUGCCAGUUUAUGGGAUGCGCUGAAGCCAAUAUUUCCAAGAUGUGAAAUAAAUCGUUUUGGUUCAUCAAUAACGGGGUUAUGUUUCAAAGGUAGUGACGUUGAUAUAUACUUGAACAUAAGAGAGCCGAUAAACAGUGAUGAUUGUAAGACAGGUUGGACACCAAAAACGAUAUUCAGAGAAGUGAAAUUUUAUUUGUACAAGAGAAAAGAUAUUUUCGAGAGAAUAGUACCGAUUCCGAAAGCAAAAACACCGAUAAUCAAAUUCUGUCACUCGCCCACAUCGACCAACUGUGAUAUAUCGUUUAAAAACAAUCUCGGAGUGAUAAACAGCCAGCUAAUAAAACGUUUGCUCUCCGUCGAUGUCCGGCUGAAACCACUCAUGAUGAUUGUGAAAUUUUGGGUGAAAACUUCCGAGUUAUCGGGUCAUGGUAAAUUCAACAAUUACGCGAUCAUAAUGAUGGUUAUUUUCUAUCUUCAGCAACCAGAAACAAAGAUGUUACCGAGCAUUGCGGAUUUGUUAAAGAAUUGUGACGUCGCGUACCAGUGCGAUCAGUCAGACUUCAAUCAGAGCAUUAAAUUUCCCUGUUCAGAGAAUAUGUUGAGUAUCACGGAGUUGCUUACCGGUUUCUUCAAGUUUUAUCUCCAUUUUCCAUUCGAUAAAAAAGUCAUCUGUCCGUUGGACGGUCACGCACAUUCGCGUACUGAAUUCGCGAAGAUUCGCGCCGAAGAAGCACCCGACACUGACCCCUUGCAGCUGAAUCAUCCGAUCUAUUUGCAAGAUCCGCUAGAACUCGACUGGAACAUAACUUGUGGUGUUACAGGCAAAGCUCUCGUCGCCUUUCAGACUUAUAGCGCAGUUGGUAUCGAGGUUUGUGAGCGCGCGUUAAAAAAUAAGGACAAACCGUUUCUACUCUCGUUGUUCACGACUUUACCCGCGCCUCUCGAAAAUCAAGCUUCCAUAAGAAUCGCAAUUUAUGCUUUCAAGUCUUUGGGUGCUGGUUUGCCACCAGAUUUCGAAACGCGAAAUGACAUCCCGGACAAAAAGAUAUUCGCCGCGAAUCAUUGGUACGCGCUGACCCAGAGUUUUCUCGAAGACACGCUCAAAAAGGUUUUCAAAUUGGAUGUUCAAACCAUUAAACAAUCUCACGAUGCAAAACAGCGGAAAAUGGAAGAAACUUCCGACGUCCAUUCGAACGACAUGGACGAAAUUUUACUCAAAUGCACCGGUAAUCGUUGCCUCAUCGCCGGCCGCAAAAUCAAAAGCUUUUGUAUCGAUCCAAGCCUCAACCCGAUCGAUAAAGAAGCUCUCAUUUCCGACGAAUUGCUGAACAAACAAAUAGAGAACGGCAUCAAACCCACUAAAAUUGACUUCACUUGUACCAUUACCAGAGGACAGAAUCCUAUGCGAUUAAUCGCACGGAUAAAGGAUCGUAACAGUACGAAAAAGAGCUUUAAACAAUUUGCCUCUUUCUUGAAAACCAAGUUGCCAAUUAUUAUUAAUAAGGAAUUGUCACACACCUUACAGUACAAGAAAACUAUGAAUUUGUAACUCGAUUAAUAAAAUAAUACCGAUUCAGCCUA